CAGACCUCGAAAUCGCCUAUAAAGCGCGCUCCUCUUUCCAUCGUUUCUGGAGGUAAUCAUCCCUCUCAAUAACGCAGCCAAGCGCCCACAGAAUCAGCCCAGUUUGAGCGACACUACAACAAUUACGGGAAUACAGCUAACACUCGUGGCCGACCCGAAAACAGCAGGGCCAACUAGAGCUGAGCUAGCGCCGUCGUUCGAGUGGGAAAACCUGCCACCUAAAAGCGACAGCUGUGCUUACCCGUGUCAACAUCCAACGUCGGUUCGUAUCGACGCAGACUGCGACUGCCCACAACUGUUUUGUCGAUUAUCCGUGCACAUCCAUCCACUGCAGAGCAACUCAGCUCUCUGAACACGCGCCGUCUCAUCUCUCGUUGUCCGCAACAGCGCGCCUAUGCGCCAGAACACAGGCCAACAGGCCGGUUACUGCGUUGUACUGUUGCUCUCAGUCGCUUGGAACUGAUCUGGCAGAUGCAUCGGAGUCGCGCACCUGACAGGUUUGUGACAAUCUGCAAAAGACGCCAACCCACACUGCCAAGACAGCCGUUAAUUAUUUGUUCGUAUAUUUUCUACAAGAUUCAGGCUACUCUGCGAAAUACUUGAAUAGAAUCCGCGCAGGCAAACAUCCCCUCAAUGCUAACAUAGCCAUAGGUGCGUGCAGUAGGAUCGUUCUACUGCAUAGUGUUAUCUACGUUUACGGUCCAAGUAACGUAAAGAUUCCCGCUGAUUUCGAGUGUGCUACGAACGCUAGGCACCACCCUUGCUUCAGAUCCACGGUCAGCUUAAUCUCGUCGUGUAUCGUGGUGGUACCAAAAUUUGAAUUUUUUGGCCCGGCAGUUAGUUCCCUUGCAGAGAGCAACCGUCGCGUUUAUUGUUAGCUAUAUGAGUAGAGCCUGUGAGAAUAAACAAAGAAAUAAUUGUAAAAACGACGCUACACUAAUGACAGAUGAGGUGGACAACUUUCAAAAGUACUGAGCAUUAACCUACGUUUCAAGGCGUUCGUAAAUUUAGACAAUCACUAAAUCCUUAGAAUCUUACAAUCUAGUACCCAUGGACUAGCUUUACAGACCGCUAAGAGGACUAGGCUUGAGAAGAUUCACAAGACGGAGACGCCAAGCGUCUAGCAGGGAUGGGCAAAGCCAGGGUAGGGUAACGGCGUUAAGAAGCCAAGAACCUAAAAAGAAGAUCAUAUCAAAUAAAGAGAUACCGAGUCUGGCCCGACUAUUUCUCGUUCAGUGGUUAGUAGAUCUAUAACAGAUAGUUGACACCACAGUUGAAACCCCGUCGGUGACCAGCUGUCAGAAUCUAACGUGCGUGCUCCAAGAAGGCGGCUUGCGCGUCAUUACCACAACCCAAGCUUCGUACGUGAGACUCCGAAGCCGUCGCUGCCUAUAAGGCGAGGCUGCACUCGUGCUACUACUGCUGCUGUGGCGUUGUGGAUGUGGUCAGUGGCUGAGCAAGCGUUAUUAACCGCAUCUUGCCGUAAUCUCUAUCGUGCCACCUAGACGACGAUUUUUACCGACCAAACAUUUUUGCAAAUGUUCUCACUGGAUCUUCACAUUUAAUCUCCUGAUGAUGGAACCACACCAUCGUCACUGACAGCCACACGAAACAAACUACUAUACAAGGAGUUCGCAAGACGAAUCUGUUAUAGUGAAAACGAUAACGGGAGUCUUCCCGGUCGCGGUAAUCUUUCGCUGAAAACUCAACGUCUACAACGAGUUUUUCAGGCAUACCGCCAUUCUCUCUCGGUCUCGGAGUCCCCUGAAAUUUGUCCAUUGAAAUCAAGCAACGUAAACCCGCCACAAUGAUGUCGACGUUUAUUGCUAAGCUCACACGUAAAAAGCAUAUGGAAGAGGACCAUAUGGUAACGAACCUAAAACGAUGUCUUAGUACGCUCGAUAUCACCUUACUGGGAAUUGGCCAUAUGAUGGGUUCAGGGAUCUACGUGCUAACACCCAGUGUUGCUCGACAAACUGCCGGUCCAGCAAUUAUUAUAUCGUAUCUUAUCGCCGGCGUAGCAAGUCUAUUAGCAGCACUUGCCUACGCAGAGUUCGGUGUGAAAUUUCCUCGUGCAGGAUCGGCUUAUUCGUACUCCUACUUCAGCGUUGGUGAAUUUUGGGCCUUUUUCGUCGGCUGGAACGUUCUCCUUGAAAAUGUCAUCGGUAUUUCGGCUGUUGCACGUGCGUGCAGUGACUACAUCGACAACCUGUGCGGCGGCGUAAUUCGUCAAUGGUUAAUCGAGAACAUCGGCAAAAUGGGCGGAUAUCUACUUUCCGAGCAUCCAGAUUUUCUCGCAUUCGUCGUUAUUGUCUUAUACGUUGUGUUCAUGUCCAUUGGCGUACAGGCAACAUCGUGGCUAAACAACAUACUCUGCAUCAUUAAUAUUGCCGUACUUCUCGUCAUUAUCUGUGUGGGAGGAUAUUUCGCCGAUAUUAACAACUGGACAAAUCCUACAACCCGUGGCUUCAUGCCCUUCAAAAUGAGUGGGGUGCUUAGUGCAUCGGCGACGUGCUUUUUCGCCUACGUUGGCUUCGACGCCAUUGCUGCCGCCGGCGAGGAGGCUAGAAAUCCCCAAAGAUCACUACCAGUAGCCACGUUUUGUUCAAUGGGACUGGUAACGGUUUUGUACAUCGCUGUAUCGGCAACGCUUACUCUCAUGGUAAAUUACACGGAGAUUUCGUCGCGUUCUGGUUUGCCGGCCGCUCUCGCCGCUAAAGGCGUUGUGUGGGCGGAGAUUCUUGUCACGAUUGGCGCCUUGGCCGGAAUGUCGACGGUGCUUAUCGGAACCCUCUAUGCGCUUACUCGAAUAGCGUACGCUAUGGCGGACGACGGCCUUAUUCAUGGGAUCUUUGGCAAGGUGGCUGCCAAGAGUCAGAUCCCUCUGAUAUCAAUGUACGUAUUCUCUCUUCUGGCCGCUAUCCUUGCUGUCAUUCUGGACAUCGAUACACUGGUCGAAAUGAUGUCGAUUGGCACGCUCUCGGCCUACCUUAUUGUGUCAGGCGGCGUUAUCAUUUUCCGCUACAGACCCAACCAGAUUACCAAGGUGGCUCACGAGUUGAAACCGAUUGGAAACGACAAUGGCAUCUUGGCUCCUAUAAGACUAAAUAAUGGCGUUCGUGCGGAUGCGUAUGAUCCCACCGGCCAGCAAUUAAAGCCUUGGGCUGAAAGGUUUCGCCCCUACUUUCCGAGCAACUGCCAACAGCAGAUGCUCGUCUCGUCCUGCGUAUUCGUGAUCGCGGCCAGUGCAUUUGCCGUUGGUUUUUUCACGAGGUACCGUGAGGCCAACCUCGCAGAAUGGCACUCGAUCGUUUUUAUGGUAGUUCUUAUCUCGCUCGGCGUCAUAGCUUUCUUUGUUAUCGUUGCCCAUGAACAAUGCGAAGAGCCACAGAAAUACAAGAUGCCAUGGGUACCUUUUCUUCCUGUAAGCUCUAUCGUAAUUAACGCGACCCUAAUGACCACACUGCAGCCACUCACCUGGGGUCGACUUGCAAUUUGGCUUGCCAUUGGUUUGACGGGCUACUUCGGAUAUGGCCUUCGGCACAGCAAACUCAAUUAGGGCUUUCAGCACACGACCUGAUCGAACAUCCAAGUUCGAGAUCGUCAGUAGAUGGGCUCGACUUCUCCUCAGAUCCGCUAGGUGUGGCGUUCAACAUAAAAAUAAUCACAUUGAAAGUAUUUAUUAUGGCUGGGAAACGAAUAUCAGCAAACUCUGGGGCGGCCAUUGAACAUGAUGUGUAAAGUUAUCCGGUCAAUUGAAGGCUCAAAGAAGCGAACGAAGCAGAGCCAAGACAGCGCGUCAUGAACGCGGUGAAAUUCUCUAGGUACAGACCGCAUAGGUUAAGAGGAUACUUCUUGAUUAGUUAGCAGGUUCUACGCGAGAUAGAUAACAGUUAUCGAUGCUGUCGAACGAAACGAAAUACAACCAUGUGUUUUUUUUUAAGAUUAUUUGACAUCCAAUAGUGCCGUUGAUGUUUGUAUCAUUUGCUUAAUCUGUGUUUUUAUCGGUUUUAUCAACUAGACUAAGGAUGGCACCUAUCAAAAUGUAGCGUGACGCAGAAGCGUUUGAUGCGAGACACGCGUUUAUCGGACUCUCCUCUCUAUGAAUUUCAUAUAUACUAAUCACCUAUAAAAGAUUUACACACAGUGGCCUGUACAUUUUAAUACACGUUCUAGUUUGACGAGUUGGUCGAAGUUGAAAAGUUUUAAUUUUACCUUUACUUGAUCAGUUUUUUGUUAGAUGGUUUGCUGCUUAAUUGUCUGCCUAAUGCCAGUAAGAUAUUCUAUAGAAUCGCAUCUUCUCAGCGAUGAAGCUUUUCGCAUAUAGGCCUAAUAGCCGCAUAAACUGACUCAAUCAUUUGUCAUCACGUGAGAUUCUAUCAAAGACAGAAUGAUUUUUUCUGUGUUUUGCGUACGAUACUUCAGCCGUUGGGCAUUACUUUAGACGGUUAGCCCCUAGCAUGAAACGAAGUGUGUCUAUGCUCGGAUAGGAAGCUAGCGCGUGUCCCUACAUUUAGCAAACACACACAUAUUAGUCAGCGCGCUAUCGUAGCGAGAAAAAGCUGAAGUAGUAAAAAAACAAAACUGUAUGAAGAACGUAUUGAACAAUCAACUGCAUGGAACUGUUCAACUUAACAUAAAAUGUUGCUAAGCUAAAAAAUGAAUAACCAUUUUUAAGUUUUUCAGUCGAAGAAAUAGAGUAAAGAAAAUAGCUAAUUAUCAUAACGUGAUGUUAAUUUUACAUAUCUGAUAGCAAACAUUUAGCUUGCUAAGUUAAUGAAGUUAGGAACAGCUAAAUUAAUGGGACUAUUGGAAACUAUUGGCCUUUAGUAACGUCCUUGUCAGUAAUCACGUAGAAGAGAGGCUUUGGCGAUACUGAACUCGUGGAACAGCCUUACUCACUGGCUAAUCAUUUUCACUUUGCAUAUAUUGGCCAGUUUUUACGAAUUUUCUUGAGUGGAUAGAAGUGCUGAGAAUAUGGCCGAAAGAAAUUUUAAUGGCACGAAAUUAUUUCGAAAUAAUUACGGCAUAGGGCCUCCAAGCAACGUAGAUUUCAACAGCGUCUAAAAUGAAGUUCCUUGGAUGUACUUCAACUAGUAUAACGAAUCUCGCCAGGAAAUCUCACAGGUUCAUAAGGUUUGUUUGACUGUUUUUUUUUUUUUGAGAUCCCGUGUACGUUAACGUGCAGUGUUGUAGAUUUAGGUGAAGAUGAACCUAGAGGGGAAACGAAGUGGGUGUCAGCCACGUCUAGGACUGGCAAUUCAGUUCCCUCGAUAUAUCCCUCAAUAUACAAAUAUGUAGGUCUAUAUUCUUUGACGUCUAUGUAGUAGAUAUUCAGUGUAACGAAAACGCUAUGAAGAUGUGACCAAGCUCGUCCAGGACCUGUAUAUACACACGGCUUGAUACAUAAUCACGCAAGACAUAAUGUAAAUAAACACAAAAUGCUUCAUCUAUUCAUAUCUACUAUUUUACGAGGCCAUUCAUUGAUCUAGAUUCUUGUAAGGAUAUUUUAAUACUCGAAUAGGAUCGGUGUUUUUUAUUAUUAUGUUAAGUAAAUCGACUGCUCAUAAUGAAUCUCUAAGAACUAUAUUUACAGGUUACUAUAUAUAUUCGUACAGUAACCUAGAUUAAUGAACGGCCUCGUAGAAUAGUAGAUAUGAAUAAAUAAAACAUUUUGGCUUUAUCUACAUUACGUAUAUACAUAUAUAUAACUCAAUUGCUCAAAGGCUUUGUACUAAAAGGGUCGAUUGAUUAAUAGCAAUAAACCAAACGAUUGUAAUCAACUUGUGAAGCAAUACAAGUUAAGGAUAGGAAAGACAGUUACGAAGACACGCAAAUCAGGUGCCCUGAACAAAGGUUUCGCGCUUAUUCUUGGAAGAUGUAAGAUAUCAAAUUUACACAUAAUAUAUAUAUUAUCAGGCCGUACGUCCCACAACGUUUCAAUGGUGUUCAGGGGCGACGUUCGUAUGGAAUCAACGACCUACACUAGGCACCUACAAAGCAAACGUUUGUUUAUUGAACGAACUUGACUUUUGGUUGUUGUUACAUUAUGACAUACUCUUAUACUGGUUAUAGGCUUUUAGUAUCGGUUUUUCUGCGUGGAAUAACUAUGCUGAUACAAUUAUUCUAUGGAGAUAUAAGGCAAAUAGAGUGAGAUUAAAUAAUACUCUAGUUUGUGUUUAGAUUACGCAACGCGAAGGCCGUUGUACCCUCGCAGAGUUAUAUUUACCUAAGCACAAACGAUUAUAAACGAAAAUUACAAUUUGAGCCGUUGUCUUGUUAGACGAUAUAAAAGAGAUUGUUAGUAACGAAAUGACAGGAAUAUUGCAGCUUCUAACUGGCCUUAGUUUUAAUUUUUAUGUUAAUUACACGAAAAUAUGUUCUAUCCAGUGUAUUUGUUUUGAAAGUCAUUCUAAUGGAUAGACGAUGAAGUGUGGAUAGGGCAGUUGUGUCGAAUAAUAACUUCGAACUGAAUUUCGAAAUUAGUCGUAUACCAAGAAGUUGAAAAACUCAACGAAACAUGUACGAAUCGGAACAAACGACAAAUAUUUAGUAAUAUAAACCUGUAUGCUUUAGGACAGAAGAAAGGUGCUAAAUUUUAACAGGCUAAUACGCAACAAAUUCCAGUUUUUCGGUGAUAUAGCAAACGACUGUUAUAGCAAAAUUCACGGUGUAGCCUUAACGGUAAAGCCUAGUUUCAAUAAAUGUAAUUUAAAGAAGAUAGCUGCUCUUUAGGCACACUGUGUAACAACAUUACCUUGAACCUAAUUACUAAACUUUAAAACCUUUUAAAGUGUGUUUUUAACCGAUGCAAUAGUGCCUAUUUGUCAAAUACAUCCAUGUGUACCUAGUUCAUCUUACAUCAUUAUGUAAGCUGUUUAGUACUACUGAAUACUGCAUGUCAAUAAACACCGUUUGUCAAUCUA